CUCCUGUCUGCAGAUCUGACUGAUUGCCUGGCACUUCAUCUGUGGCAAGCAGGACAAUGGCUGCCAGCAAGAGCAAGAACCAGAGUUCCUUGGCCCUCCAUAAAGUAAUUAUGGUUGGCAGUGGAGGUGUGGGCAAAUCUGCACUCACUCUUCAAUUUAUGUAUGAUGAGUUUGUAGAAGACUAUGAACCUACUAAGGCUGACAGCUACAGGAAGAAAGUAGUUCUGGAUGGUGAAGAAGUUCAGAUAGACAUUCUGGACACAGCAGGACAGGAGGAUUAUGCAGCUAUCAGAGAUAACUAUUUCCGCAGUGGGGAAGGAUUUCUUCUAGUCUUCUCAAUAACAGAGCAUGAAUCCUUUACAGCAACAGCAGAGUUUCGGGAACAGAUCCUGCGUGUGAAGGCUGAAGAGGAUAAAAUCCCUUUACUGGUAGUGGGAAACAAAUCUGACUUGGAAGAGCGCAGACAAGUGCCUGUAGAAGAGGCUAGAAGUAAGGCAGAAGAGUGGGGUGUGCAGUAUGUAGAAACCUCUGCUAAAACUAGAGCGAAUGUAGAUAAGGUAUUCUUUGAUUUAAUGAGAGAAAUCAGAGCAAAGAAAAUGUCAGAAAACAAAGACAAGAAUGGCAAGAAAAGUGGCAAGAACAAGAAAAGCUUUAAAGAAAGAUGUUGCUUACUGUGAUGCUUGGGAACUGUAAAUAUCUAUCUACAGGUGGCAUGGAUAAGAUACCACUAAGGAUAUAGGGCUGGAUUCAUGAAAGGAAGUCUGUAUUGACUCCCUUAUCUUUUGCUUUGCAUAUCACACCUUCAAAAUGUGAAAACAGAACUUUGAACCCAUUUCCGGUAUCCAACAAAACCUAUGCCUACUUAAACUAAAAUAGGCUCUGUCUUCCCAAUGCCUUUCAAAACUAGAAACAGUUUCAGAACUACAAUCCUUCUGGUUGGUUAUACAAAGUACUUUCAUAUUAACUUCCUAGGUUACUCUAAUGUUUCUCUGAAUAUGUUUCUCUUGAAUCUCUACUGGCCUUAACAAGCACAGCUGUUCAGGUUCAAGCUUUUUUUUCCUACUGCUGCCCUCCUUGAUGUUGCAAGCUGCAGAGAAGCUAGAUGACAUCUGGUAAAGGGUUUGAGUCUCCAUCUUCCGUUAGUUGUCACUGAUAUUUCUUACACUGAAACCCACUGGCUUCCU